AUGGAUUCCUCUUCCGCAGAACUCUCUCAGUCUGGACAACAUGAUGCACAUGAAAUGUUCAUCAGUGCGCUCAAUGGGAUCCAUAAUUCACUCACAGCACACGCGCUUGAACGGAAAAAGCUGCCGGCUUGCCCCUGGGAAGGCGAGCACAUGCUCGAGCAUCUGCACGAACAUGCCGAGCAGCCCAGUGGUGCACGUGUGCCGAACCGAGCCGUGGACCAUGUAGCACAAUGUCCCUGUGUCAUUCAUCGCACGUUUUGUGGGCGCCUGCAGAGCAGUGUGACGUGCCUGGCUUGCAGCAAGUCUACACAUACGCGAGAACCGUUUCUCGAUUUGAGUCUUCAGGUAUACCCGAUGGAGACAAAUGAGCCAGAUGACUCGAAGAAAAAGCGCACUGUGGCCGCCGAUUCGAAGAAGCGCGAAAAAGGCACCCCAGUCGCAGAGACUAGCGCUCAAAGCUUGUAUGCGAGUUUACUGCGCUACUGUGCGAAGGAGCAACUGCCUGAGGCGUCGUAUCGCUGCAGCCAUUGUCUUCAAAGUUCGAAAGCGACAAAACAGCUGCAUUUGUAUCAGCUGCCACCGGUUUUGUGUAUCCAACUAAAACGUUAUGAGCAUGGCAUCGGCACAUCUAAAGUCGACGCACGCGUGCACUUUCCUCUUGUGCUGGAUGUGCGUGAAUGCUGCACAGGAGCCCAAGAGACCGAUGAAUCUAUGGAUCCUUUUGCGUAUGCUUACGACCUUUUUACUGUCGUUGUGCACCAAAGCACGCUGACUUCUGGUCAUUAUACAAACUUUUCAAAAUGGCGCGACGCAUGGUACCGCUACGACGAUGAUAAGGUGACGCGGGCAUCAAUAGCGCAAGUGCUAGAGGCGCGAGCGUAUCAACUCUUUUAUCUUCGUCGUCGCCUGCGCAAUCAGCCAAGCCACGGUGUACAUACUCUUUCCAAGUCAAGUACAUAG